AGCUUCUGCGCUCUAGGAGGGCUAGACGCCGCGCCGCCCGCCCCCUGCAGCUUGUGCUGCAGCCGCCGGCCACCGGAGGGGGGCGAACCCACGUCAACCUGUUGUUUGUCCCGUCCCCAUUGAUCUAGUCAGCGUCACAAGGAAGUGCGGCACCCACACGCGCUUGGAAAGUUCAGCAUGCAGGAAGUUUGGGAAGAGCUGGGCGAGUAGCUGGACGGCCCGGGCAGCGCAGGACAGUGCAGGCGGCGAAGGCGCGGGGCGGUGCAGCAGAGGUCCACCGGCCCAACCCGGUGGGCUUUAUUUAUUUAUAUAUUUAUUUCUGGAACGAGGCUAUCCCUAGGUCGCUGAUCCCAAAUGCACCGACUCAUCUUCAUCUCCAUUCUUGUGUGCGCGAACUUUUGCAGCUAUCGGGACACUUUUGCGACUCCGCAGAGCGCAUCCAUCAAAGCUUUGCGCAAUGCCAAUCUCAGGAGAGACGAGAGCAAUCACCUCACAGACUUGUACCGAAGAGAUGAGAACAUCCAGGUGACAGGCAGUGGUCACGUGCAGAGUCCUCGCUUCCCCAGAAGUUAUCCCCGGAACCUGCUCCUCACAUGGCGGCUCCAUUCUCAGGAGAAAACACGGAUACAACUGGCCUUUGACCAUCAGUUUGGACUAGAGGAAGCAGAAAAUGAUAUCUGUAGGUAUGAUUUUGUGGAAGUUGAAGAUAUCUCUGAAACCAGCACUGUAGUUAGAGGAAGGUGGUGUGGCCACAAGGAAGUCCCUCCAAGGAUAACGUCAAAAACAAACCAGAUUAAAAUCACAUUCAAAUCCGACGACUACUUUGUGGCAAAACCUGGAUUCAAAAUUUAUUAUUCGUUUGUGGAAGAUUUCCAACCUAAAGCAGCCUCAGAGACCAACUGGGAAUCAGUCACAAGCUCUGUCUCUAAGCUCAAUGCAACCAAGUGCAUGGUGCAGCUGAAGGAGAUACAUGGGGUGUCCCAUCACUCUUCACCAGUAACGGACCCUACGCUCACUGCUGAUGCUUUGGACAAAACAAUUGCAGAAUUCGAUACCGUAGAAGAUCUGCUUAAGCACUUCAAUCCAGAGUCUUGGCAAGAUGAUCUGGAAAACUUGUAUCUGGACACCCCUCAUUACAGGGGCAGAUCAUACCAUGACCGGAAGUCCAAAGUGGACCUGGACAGGCUCAACGAUGACGUCAAGCGUUACAGUUGCACUCCCAGGAAUCACUCAGUCAAUCUGAGGGAGGAGUUAAAGCUGACCAAUGCGGUCUUCUUCCCCAGAUGCCUGCUUGUGCAGCGUUGUGGGGGCAACUGCGGUUGUGGAACUGUCAACUGGAAGUCCUGCACCUGCAGCUCGGGGAAGACGGUGAAAAAGUAUCACGAGGUAUUAAAGUUUGAGCCUGGCCAUUUCAGGAGAAGGAGCAAAGCUAAGAAUAUGGCUCUCGUAGAUAUCCAGUUGGAUCACCAUGAGCGGUGUGACUGUAUCUGCAGCUCAAGGCCACCUCGAUAAGACACUGUGUGCAUUUAUACAUGAAGAAUGAAAAGACCUUUGGGUUAAGACAUGGUAAAGGACCCUUAUCUCACCCUAAGCAAUCAAAGUUGCUUCUCAGCUACAAUGCAGUGAACACAGAUGGAAAGCUCGCUUUGUUAAUGCCAUGGCAAGAACAAGCAUAUAUUGUCAACUUCUAUAUCCAUAAAUAUAGAAAUUCAUUUAUUAAUAGCAUGUGAAGAUAUGUAUGUAUACCCACACACAUGUCUAUCUCUGUGUGUGUAAACAAUUGAAAUACUUUAUUCAGUAUAUUUACUAAAGUCCACUAGAGACAAAUGAUUCGAUUAUUACUCAAUAAUUUUGCUAAAAUAAGGAGUGUGUUAAACAUAUAAAACAUCUCUUUAAGAAAUUCAGAAUAUAAAUUUCUUUUGAAACAUUGAUUCACAAAACAUAUCACGUCUUGCUCUCUUAAAGAAAGCAUGUGUCCAUUAAGCAGAAGAUGAAACUUUCUUAUGUAUAUGUCUUAAUAAUAUGGAAGAAAAUAAAGUUUCUGGGGAUAAAACCAAGUAUUUAACUAUUUUCUACAUGAGAUGCACUAAACACCUACAAAUGUGGACAGCAAUUAUCUUUCUCAAAAAAAAACACUAAAGUAAUACAUGGUUGUUAAAAAUCAAAUCAAGUCCUCUUUUAUGUAUUUUGUCAAGGCAAGCUAACCUGUUGAGCACCUUUCUCAAUGAAUUGCUCAGGGAGUGUUGUGAUAGUCCUUCAAGAGGCAAGCAAUAGGUUGCAGCAGAAUUUUCAAUUUUUUUCUGCAGAAAAGCAAGUAUUUUCAGGAAUAGCAUGCCAUUACUCCUGAGCCUUUCAACAUGGUAUUCAUAGGAAGAUGUGGGUGAUAGAAAGUCAGAAAUAAGCAAAUAUUGACAUAACUGGGAACAUUUAAAAAUGGGUCUAAGUUCUCGAAACUGUGCCAAUCAUUUUCUAUGUUUUGCUUUUGGGUUCCUAUCUUUUCAAUAUGUACAUGUAGUCAGAUGUCAUGUUAUAUCAGACAAGCCAUCCUGGAAUAUUUAUAGCCUAAAAGCUUUUAUGUAUUAACAAAAUAACUAACUUUUAUUGAUAUAAAUUCCUAAUCCUAUACUUAAGAUUCUGAAUCUAUAUUCUGAAUCAGCGGAAAUUUAGAUAUGAGGUUUCCUAUCCUUUUCAAUCUUCAGACCUUACUCUAUAGAGCCAGCAAUAGUUGUGGAGGAACACAUAUGGUCCUGCUUUUCCACUGGAAAGCUUUUUGUAUUCAUUACUAGGAACGAGAGUCAGUUUUCCUCAGUGGCUCCCCUAUAUCUAUGCUAAAGAGACCGAGUCCAGAAACAGGAAGUCAUUCAUCACUCUCCAAAGCAAGAUGCUUAGGAGGAAACAUUAAAGUCAGGUUAGCCUGGGCUGCUCUCAGGGAACUACAUUCUUCUUCCUUCCUUGAGAGUAGAAGAGAAGUGAUUUCUUCUGUGAAUUCAGUGUGUCCCGAGCACAGACCAAUUUGGUACAAGAUUUGUACAUGAUCUGCUUUAGUCCAGUGUCAGAGGGUCAGCUCAAACACACUUGCACUGCUAGGUAUAUAGUGCCCUCCAAUCCAAGUUACAGCUGUGCUCAGCAGACCUGUGCUUAUUGUCACAUGUCUUCUAAAGGUUCUGUGCAAUUAUCUUAUCAGUUUCUAUUCAAUGAUCAUUAGAAUCAAAUACUGCAUUGUUCAGUUGUCCAGAAUGACAGAGAACAAUGAGAAAUAGGCCAGGCCCACAGUCAGGAGCCACUUUCCCUCCAUAACCACUUGCAAGCUUCCUGUGAAACAAUGGCUUCCUGUACCAAAACCAUGCUAUAGUUCACUGUAGGCACAGGGCACAGCUCACACCAUAGUUGUGAACAUGAAACACUAGAGCGCUCUACCCAAUUUUCAAUAAACCUUCCAGGAUGCAAUAUCAAGUUAAAGCCUUACCCUUCUCAUCCUCUUAUUUACUAGCUGCAGUGUAAACAGACAGAUACACUGAGGCUACUACCUUUCUUGAAUGUUUUAUUAAACUCUCUCCCUUGGUUGUCUGUUACCUAUUCCACAUCCAACAUGUAGCAAAUAAAUCUGUUUCAUUGCCAUCAAAAUAAGAAUAAAAAACAAACCACUGUACAAAUUACAUUUCAAAACAAACUAAUAAAUACACAGCUCUGCAUAGCUCACUACCUGGAAUAAUGCCAUUCAUUCAACAUGUUCUUAUAGGGAAGAACACUUUCAUAAGUGGAGGGUUGUUAUGAUUUUUUGUCAUUUCAGUAACAUGCAGCUUUUCCUCUCACAGCAUUUUCGAUAGAAAUAUAAUAUGGCUCUUUUCUUCAUAAAAAAAUAAAUACUGCUUUGAACAAAACUACUCCAUUAUUUAGCACUGAAUUGCAAUUUUGAAAGGUGUGCAACAUUACCAAGGCACUUUAACAAACCCAUCUAACUGGAAUGACAAGAUGGGUGAUUGCUGAGAGAACUGAGCACCUGCUCCUACCCCAGAGGUCUCCAUGCUCCCUGCCUCACAGCUGAGGCGGGAGUUGCUCAUUCAUGUCUCUUUGCUAGUGGUCUUGCAUUUUUCUGUUUCCUGCUCCAGUCAGCCUUUCAGUGAAUUCUCCUCUGACAUUGCCCACCUACGAAAGUUCCCAUCCUUUCUCUUCCUUGAGGUCUUAAAUUAAGACCAUCACAGCCUCACCCUCCUUUUCCCCUCCCUUCCAUAUGCCUCUGGCUGGAACAGAUGGUGGGUCACUGCUGCCCACUCAGAGGAACCAACUGAGGUCUCUCCCCCUGAAGGAGGAUAGACCAUGACCACAAAGAGAGGUCUCGUAUGAUCAAGAACACUUGCUUCCAAGUUAGUCUUUAUUAGCAUCCUGCCAGAGACAGAGUGGCAGCUGCAAAGAUCUGAGGGAAACCUUGCUUCUAGCUUGAUGACUAUAGAAGUUUAGAGAAUAAAUACAUACAGAAAUGUAUGUGUUAUAUGACAAGAAUCAACUUUAUCAACAGAAAUAUGAGCCAUUGUGUCAGCCAAGGGGUUGGAAUCAGGAAAAGAUUAAACAGUACUGUGUGUGGUAGUAAAUUCAGAUAGCAUAAUGAAAACUAUAUGCAAAGCAUUUAACAUGAAUGCAUUAAGAACUUAAUUUCAUCUCCUAAAAUGUACAUGUGUACAGUUUUACUCCACUACUAACUCGGCAGCUAAAUGGCUCACAUUUUCACAGGGUCUUCCAGUACAUAACUAAAUUAAAAUUCGUAGAUUAGUAUUCGUUUCUGAAUGGCUCAUAUUUUCACAGGGUCUUCUGGUACAUCACUAAAUUAAAAUUCAGAGAUUAGUAUUCGUUUCUGAAUUGCUAGAAAAUACAUUUUUUGUUUAUUGGCAUCCCUAUCAUAUAUGCGGGAAAAUAGAAUAUUUAUAAUGCAUUGGCUUUAUUGAUAUUCACUCAAAUUCUGUUGUUUUUAAAGAUCAAGCUGAACACUGCAGAGAUCUACAAAUAUAAAAGAGCCCCUGACAUGUGUCCAAUAAAAUAGACAUUUUUGGGUAAGCAA